AUGGCACACAUGGAACCGAUUGCCAUCGUUGGCACAGCCUGCCGAUUUGCUGGGUCGUCAUCUAGUCCUUCCAAGCUUUGGGAACUUCUCCAGAACCCCAGAGAUGUGGCAUCAGAGCCACCCGCAGAUCGAUUCAAUAUUGACGCUUUCUAUGACCCGGAGGGCUCCAACCCCAUGGCAACCAAUGCCCGCCAGGGCGUUUCGUGUGCAGCACCACAAUAUGGGAGCGUGGGGGUUGCGCGGAAUAACCUCGCCAAUCGCAUCUCUUACUUCUUCGACUGGCAAGGCCCCUCCAUGUCCAUCGAUACAGCCUGCUCUGCGAGCAUGGUAGCUUUGUAUGAGGCUGUCUCCGCACUCACUCGCCACGACUGCAACCUGGCUGCAGCUCUUGGUGCCAAUCUCAUGUUGUCCCCUCAGAUGUUCAUCGCUGCAUCCAAUUUGCAGAUGCUGUCCCCAACCAGCCGCAGCCGCAUGUGGGACGCUCAGGCUGAUGGUUAUGCUCGGGGCGAGGGCGUUGCAUCUGUGCUCUUGAAACGUCUUUCAGACGCAGUGGCCGACGGUGACCCUAUCGAAUGUGUUAUCCGAGCUGUCGGCGUGAACCAUGAUGGCCGGAGCAUGGGAUUCACCAUGCCGUCGAGUGAUGCACAAGUGCAACUGAUCCGGUCUACUUAUGCGAAGGCGGGAUUGGAUCCUCGCAGCGCGGAAGAUCGACCCCAAUAUGUUGAAGCCCAUGGUACAGGCACAUUGGCGGGUGACCCCCAGGAAGCUUCCGCCCUUCACCAGGCCUUCUUCAGUUCCUCGGACGAGGAUACUGUCCUGCAUGUCGGUUCCAUCAAGACAGUCGUAGGCCACGCGGAAGGAACUGCUGGUCUGGCCGGCCUUAUAAAGGCAUCCCAGUGCAUCCAACACGGCAUAAUUCCUCCCAACCUUCUUUUCAAUCGCUUGAACCCGGCCCUGGAACCUUAUGCACGGCAAUUGCGAGUUCCGGUGGACGUUGUCCCCUGGCCUCCUCUCUCGCCAGGUGUUCCCCGACGUGUUUCAGUGAACUCUUUUGGCUUUGGAGGUACCAAUGCUCAUGUCAUUCUGGAAAGCUACGAGCCCGCUGAAGGCCUCAUCAAGGUCGACUGCAACCAAAAUGCCGUACUUCCAUUUGUCUUCUCGGCGGAGUCAGAUUUUAGUCUUGGGUCGGUUCUGGAACAGUAUUCCAGAUAUCUCUCCAGAAAUCCCGAUGUGGAAGUACACGAUCUGGCAUGGACCCUACUGGAGCGCCGUUCCGCGCUGAUGCACCGUGUCGGCUUUUGGGCGCCGGAUAUUGCGCACCUCAAGAGAAGUAUUCAGGAUGAGCUCGCCGUCCGCAAAGGAGGGGCUCCAUCGACAUUGAUUUGCCGACCACAUGGUAAGACCAGGAAGCACAUCUUGGGCGUCUUCACUGGCCAGGGAGCUCAAUGGGCGCAAAUGGGACUCGAGCUAAUCACCACGUCCAACACUGCGCGAGGCUGGCUAGAUGAGCUGCAGCAGUCUCUCGAUGCUCUGCCGGAGCCGUAUCGUCCGGGGUUCUCACUCUUUCAGGAGCUUGCUGCAGAUUCGGCUACAUCACGGUUAUCGGAGGCCCUCUUGUCGCAGACCCUUUGCACAGCAAUGCAGGUUAUCUGGGUGAAGAUGCUUUGGGCUCUGAAUAUCCACUUUGAUGCUGUGGUAGGCCACUCUUCCGGCGAGAUUGCUGCAGGUUUUGCGGCCGGCUUUCUGACAGCUGAGGAUGCUAUUCGCAUUGCCUAUCUUCGAGGCGUGUUUUGCUCGGCUCCAGGUAGCUCGGGAGAAGGUGCGAUGCUGGCCGCUGGUCUUUCGAUGGACGAAGCGACUGCACUCUGUGAGGAUGUUUCCUCGUCCGAGGGGCGAAUAAACGUGGCGGCGUCCAACUCUCCUGAAAGCGUCACGGUGUCUGGAGACCGGGAUGCAAUUCUGCGAGCUGAACAGCUGUUGAAGGACAGGGGAAUCUUCGUCCGUCUACUGCGCGUCAGUACGGCCUACCACUCCCAUCACAUGCAGGCAUGUUCGCAGCCCUACCAGGAUGCAUUGAGGGGUUGCAACAUCCAGAUUCAGACCCCGAUGUCCACCACCACCUGGUAUUCAAGCGUCUAUGCUGGGCGGCCCAUGGAGGAAGGGUCAGUCACAGAGACGCUCGGUACAGGAGAAUACUGGGCAGAAAAUCUGGUCAGUCCUGUGUUGUUCUCGCAGGCACUAAGUGCUGCCAUGUCCGCUACAAACCCUUCCCUGAUCGUCGAAGUUGGACCUCAUCCAGCGCUGAAAGGACCUGCCCUACAGACACUCUCAGGAAUCACUCCAGCGGAGAUUCCUUAUAUCGGGGUAUCUGUCCGGAACAACAGUGCCAUAGAGUCCAUGGCCACAGCCAUUGGGGCUUUUUGGGCCCAUCUUGGUCCACAAGCCAUCAAUCCGCGCGGGUACCUGGCUCUUUUCCAGCCCAACACUAAGCCUUCAGUUGUCCGUGGGCUGCCUUUGUAUCCUUUUGACCAUCGCCAAGAGCACGGUUAUCAGACCCGCAAGGCUAAUGGUUGGCUGUACCGACGGAACACACCACAUCCGCUCCUGGGGUCUUUGAGUGAAGACCUUGGGGAGGGUGAGCUGCGGUGGAAUCAUUAUCUAUCCCCGCGGCGAAUCCGGUGGCUCGAUGGCCACCGCGUCCAGGGCCAAAUUGUCGUCCCCGCCACAGCUUAUAUCGUGAUGGCUCUCGAGGCAGCUCUGGCCCUGGCUGUGGUGAAAGAAAAGAGCUUGCAUCUAAUCCGUAUAGACGACCUAAUUAUCGGUCAAGCCAUCUCCUUCCAGGAUGAACGAGACGAGGUCGAGACUCUCUUCCACCUCCCCCCUAUGUUGGAGAACAGGGAUGACAACACGGCAGUCGGUCGGUUCCGCUGCCAGAUGGCUGCUUCUGGAGGUCACAUCAAGACGUGUGCAGAGGGCAUCCUGACAGUGACCUGGGGUUCACCACAGGAUGAUGUCCUCCCAUGCCCUGUGUUUCCAUCGCCCGCAGGGCUGGCCGAUGUGACCGACAUGGAGGAGUACUAUGCGUCGCUUCGAACCCUGGGUUACGAGUACACUGGGGUCUUCCAGGGAAUUCAUUCCCUCUCCCGGAAGAUGGGUAUCGCCACCGGCCAAGUGUAUAACCCUGCCUUAACCGGGUUUCUCAUCCACCCAGCAGUCCUCGACACCGGAUUACAGGGUCUUCUAGCUGCCGCAGGGGAAGGACAACUCACGACCUUACAUGUCCCAACCCGCAUUGAUACAGUCAGCGUAAACCCCGCUGUCUGCUCUAUUGACUCGCUAUCCUUUGAGGCUGCCGUCACUCGGACAGGCGCAGACGGCAUUGUGGGCGACGUGGAGCUGUACACAGCUGCCAACGGCCCUGGCGCCGUCUUCUUCGAAGGUGUGCACGUCUCCUCACUGGUGCCGCCAUCCGCGGCAGAUGAUCCGUCAGUAUUUUGGGUGCAGCAUUGGACGCCCCUUGUCCUGGAUGUUAACCGUUCAGAAUCUCGAUUGUCGCCAGAAUGGAUGACCGUGUUAGAGGGGUAUGAGCGCCGGGCGUUCCUUGCACUGAAAGACAUCCUCCAGGAGGUCACGCCAGAACUUCGUGCCACUUUCGACUGGCAUCGUGAAAGCGUAGUCAGCUGGAUCGAGCACAUUAUGGAGGAGACCCGUAUGGGUCAGCGCGCUUCCUGCAAGCCUGAAUGGCUAGGUCAAAACCUCGAGAAUCUUGGACACAUAUGGGGACGACCAGACGCCAGCAUCGAGGAUAGAAUGAUGUAUCGAGUUUACCAGAACCUGCUACCCUUCCUCCGCGGGGAAGCAAAGAUGCUAGAUGCUCUCCGGCAGGAUGAAUUGCUCACCCAAUUCUACCGCGACGAGCACGAGCUGCGCGACGUCAACCGCCGACUGGGUCAGUUAGUUGGUGACUUAGCCGUGCGUUUCCCGCGUAUGAAACUCCUCGAGGUUGGCGCGGGGACAGGCUCUGCCACUCGAGAGGUGCUCAAGCACGUUAGCCGGGCUUAUCAUUCCUACACGUUCACGGAUAUCUCGGUUGGGUUUUUUGAAGACAUGUUGGAGACGCUACCCGAGCACGCAGAUCGUCUUAUCUUCCAGAAGCUCGAUGUUGGCCAAGACCCAUUGGAGCAGGGCUUUACUGAAAACGCGUACGAUGUGAUCAUCGCCGCCAAUGUGCUUCAUGCCACGCCGGCACUGCACGAGACCCUGCGCAACGUGCGGCGCCUGCUCAAGCCAGGAGGGUAUCUGAUCGCACUGGAGAUCACCAACAUUGAUGCGAUCCGCAUCGGCUACUUGAUGUGUGCCUUCGACGGCUGGUGGCUCGGCCGGGAGGACGGCCGUCCGUGGGGACCUGUGGUCUCUGCAUCACAGUGGGAUAGCUUACUCCGGGAGACGGGAUUCGGUGGGAUAGACAGUAUCACCGAUCGCGCCGCCGACGAACUCACCAUGUACUCUGUAUUUGCUGCCCAAGCGGUGGAUGACCAGAUUACUCGAAUUCGAGAACCUCUGACACCACUCCCUCCUCAACCUCCCUUCUGCCGGGGAGUGAUCAUCGGAGGCUCGCCUAAUCUGGUGACAGGCGUAAGAGCCAUUAUCCAUCCUUUUUUCUCAGAUGUUGAACAUGUUUCCGCCAUCGAGAACCUCACGGAGGGAGCUCCAGCUGUUGUGUUGAUGGUGGCCGACCUGAGCGACACUCCCUGCUUCCAAAGUCUUACGGAGUCAAGACUGGCCGGGCUCAAGGCACUUGUGAAAAUGGCUGAGAAGACACUCUGGGUAACCAUGGGCUCUGAAGCGGAAAAUCCUUUUCUUUGCCUCAGCAAGGGUUUUCUCACCUCGAUGAAUUAUGAACAUCCAAAUGUCUUCCAAUAUCUGAACAUUAUCGACCCGGCUGAUGUCCAACCUGUGGUCCUGUCUGAGCAUCUUCUGCGACUGGCUCAUACCACCCAGAACAACGACUUCACCCUCACAAGUUGCGUCCACAGCACAGAGCUAGAGCUGCGUCUCUACCCGGGCGGAAUUUUGAAGUUCCCACGCAUUAACGCGAGCAAUGUUCUGAACAGGCGGUAUGCCGCAGCUCGGCGCCCGGUUACCUCUCCUGUUACCGACAUGCAGGAGAGCGUGGUCGUACUUGGUCAAGGCCCAGAUGGAAAGCUCCAACUUCUGCUUGGGGAGGAGAGGCUUUUAGGUGAUCGCACAGGCGUCACCAUCAACGUCCGAUACUCGACCAAUCGCGCGGUUCGCAUCAAUGGCGCAGGAUAUCUGGUUCUUGUUCUCGGACAGGAUAAAGUCACCAAAACACGUCUGGUGGCUCUGGCAGGCCAAUCUGCGAGUGUCAUCUCAACUUCCUGCUAUUGGGAGAUCCCAGCAGAUAUCUCCGAGGAACAAGAGGCGGCGUAUCUGUACGCAACGGCAACAGCUUUGCUGGCUGCCAGUCUGAUUCAGUCCAAUGGCACCACAAUCCUAGUACAUGGUGCUGAUGCGAUACUGCGCCAUGCCAUUGCCAUUGAGGCUGCUUCACGGGUCGUUCAGCCUAUAUUCACUACCACAUCUCCCUCGGCUGCAUCAUCAACAGGUUUUGGGAAGAGCAUUCUCGUUCAUCAGAACGAGUCCAGGAGACAACUGGCUCAUCUUCUCCCUCGAUAUUUCACGGCUGCCGUGAAUUUCGACUCCAAUGACCAUCGACUCUUUGACCGAAUGAUGGCAAUCGGUCAUCAAUCGGGUGUCACCCAAGAACAUCUUCUUACCACUUUGACAGCUGUCCUCCCCCGUCCCUCUGCAUCUUCACUCCCGGCCCACCCUCAGGCGGUCAUAGACGCUCUUCGCAAAGCCGCUUUGACUGCUUAUCAACUCACCGUUCAAUCGACAGCACCGGGUCAUAUCGCCACAUCAAUCGCAGACAUCCAAUCCUGUUCACAAGAACUAGCAGUCGCCGAUUGGACACCACCUUGCGGCUCGGUUCCAGUACACCUCCAGCCGGCCAGUCAACUGGUCCGUCUCUCUGCACAAAAGACAUAUCUUCUGGUCGGUAUGACCGGCGCUCUCGGCCAAUCCAUCACGCAAUGGCUGAUCGCCCGCGGCGCUCGCAACAUCGUCCUCACCAGUCGCAACCCAUCUGUGGAUCCCGCGUGGAUCUUAGAGAUGCAGAGCACGACAGGCGCGCGUGUCCUCGUCACAUCAAUGGACGUGACAAGUCGCGCCUCGAUUCUUGCGGUGGCACACGCUCUGAAGGCGGGAUGGCCGCCGCUCGGCGGCGUCGUCAACGGUGCUAUGGUGCUCUGGGACCAGCUUUUCGUCGACGCACCCCUAUCCGUUCUGACGGGGCAACUCGCUCCAAAGGUCCAGGGAAGUCUUCUCUUAGAUGAAAUUUUCGGCCAGGAACCGGGCCUUGAUUUUUUCAUCCUCUUCGGUAGCGCUAUCGCCACCAUUGGCAAUCUGGGCCAGUCGGCCUACACGGCCGCUAGCAACUUCAUGGUCGCGCUUGCGGCGCGACGCCGCGCCCGGGGACUCGUCGCGAGUGUCCUCCAGCCAGCGCAGGUAGCCGGUACCAUGGGUUAUCUCAGAGAUAAGGAUGAUAGCUUCUGGGCUCGGAUGUUUGAUAUGAUUGGACGGCACCUCGUCUCUGAGCCAGAUCUGCACGAGCUCUUUGCCCAUGCUAUCCUGUCGGGUCGUGGUCCUCCAUCUGACGUUGGAUUUGGACCGGGUGAGGGCGAGUGUGUCAUCGGGGGACUGAGCGUCCAAGACCCCGCUGUGUAUCCGAAUAUCCUCUGGUUCCGUACGCCCAAGGUCUGGCCGUUCAUCCACUAUCACCACGAAGGAACUGGUCCAUCAUCUGCAGCGACUGGCUCGGUACCCCUGGUGGAACAGCUCAAGUGCGCGACUAGCUUAGCCCAAGUCGGGGAGGUGGUGGAAGCUGGCGUUGCGGCCAAACUGCAUCACCGACUGCAUCUCCCUGGCGAGGUUGGCAGUGGGAACGUCACGGGCGAUACGCGGUUGACCGAGCUAGGGGUGGACUCGUUGAUUGCAGUGGACUUACGGCGGUGGUUUGCACAGGAGUUGGAGGUGGAUAUUCCCGUUCUGCAAAUGCUGAGUGGGUGCUCGGUUAAGGAGCUAGCUGCUGCCGCGACAGCGUUGUUGCAGCCAAAGUUUUACCCAGGGGUGGUGGGUGAUUCUGACGUGGGGAGUGAGAAAGAUGGUUCCUCGGAUUCCCGUGGUGAUACUUCUUCCUCCUCGUAUCAGGUGAUCACUCCGGAGGAGUCGGACUGA